UCCAAUGGCGAUUUCUCCCCUCCUCUCCACAUUCUCUCUCUUAAUCCCCUUCCUUCUCACCGCCUCCUCCGCGCUCAAUCCUCGGAAAACCUUCAUCGUUCGCGUCGAGCGCGACGCCAAACCCUCGGUGUACCUCACUCACAGCAAUUGGUACGAAUCGACGCUGAGAUCCGUCGCCACCGCGUCCGAUUCCGCCGAUGCGCCAUCUGGACGGCUGAUUCACUCGUACGACAACGUUUUCCACGGAUUCGCAGCGGAGCUGUCGGCGAUUGAGGUGGAGAAGGUGCGGAAUUUGCCUGGAGUGAUGGCGGUGCUGCCGGAGCAGGUGAGGCACUUGCACACCACUCGUUCGCCGGAAUUUCUAGGAUUGAAAACGGGAGAUAGCGCGGGGUUGUUGAAGGAGUCCGAUUUCGGGUCGGAUCUCGUCAUUGGAGUUAUCGAUACGGGGAUCUGGCCGGAGAGAGAGAGCUUCAAUGAUCGGGAUUUAGGUCCUCCGCCGGCGAAGUGGAGAGGAGAGUGUGUCGCCGCUGAGAAUUUUCCGGCGGAUGUGUGUAAUCGGAAAUUGAUCGGAGCUAGGUAUUUCUGCGCUGGUUAUGAAGCGAGCAACGGAAAAAUGAACGAAUCGACGGAGCUUCGAUCUCCGAGAGAUUCAGACGGACACGGCACUCACACGGCUUCAAUCGCCGCCGGGAGGUACGUUUUUCCGGCGUCGACUCUCGGCUACGCCCGCGGCGUCGCCGCGGGGAUGGCGCCGAAGGCGCGCCUCGCCGCGUAUAAAGUCUGCUGGAACGCCGGCUGCUACGAUUCCGACAUCCUCGCGGCGUUCGACGCCGCCGUCGCCGACGGCGUCGACGUGAUCUCUCUCAGCGUCGGCGGAGUGGUGGUGCCGUACUAUCUCGACGCGAUAGCGAUCGGCGCUUUCAGCGCCUCGGACGCCGGUGUCUUCGUCUCCGCCUCCGCCGGAAACGGUGGCCCCGGCGGAUUGACGGUCACUAACGUCGCGCCGUGGAUGACAACCGUCGGCGCGGGGACGAUCGACCGCGAUUUUCCGGCGAAUGUUAAGCUCGGUGACGGAAGGGAGAUUUCCGGCGUGAGUAUUUACGGCGGUCCGGCGCUGGCGCACGAUAAGCUCUACCCGCUAAUCUACGCCGGGGGCGAAGGUAGCGAUGGGUAUUCGUCUUCCCUCUGUUUGGAUGGCUCUUUAGAUCCUAAUUUGGUGACUGGGAAAAUCGUGUUAUGCGACAGAGGAAUCAAUUCGAGACCGGCAAAAGGGGAAGUAGUGAAGAAAGCCGGCGGCGUUGGUAUGAUUAUCGCUAACGGAGUUUUCGACGGUGAGGGUUUGGUGGCGGAUUGCCACUUGUUACCGGCGACGGCGGUUGGCGCGGCUGAGGGUGAUGAAAUCAGAAAAUACAUCCAAUCCGCCGAGAAAUCGAACUCUCCGGCGGAGGCCACGAUCCUAUUCCUCGGAACGCGGCUCAACGUAGCUCCGGCCCCGGUCGUGGCCGCGUUCUCGGCCCGGGGCCCGAAUCCGGAGACUCCAGAUAUCCUGAAGCCGGAUUUGAUCGCCCCGGGCCUCAACAUCCUCGCGGCCUGGCCCGCGAAUGUCGGGCCGAGCGGGGUCACCUCGGACGAGCGGCGGACCGAGUUCAACAUACUCUCGGGGACGUCCAUGGCGUGCCCCCACGUGUCCGGGCUGGCCGCCCUGCUGAAGGCGGCCCACCCGGAUUGGAGCCCCGCCGCCAUCAAGUCGGCCUUGAUGACGACGGCGUACAGCCACGACAGCCGCGGGGAGACAAUGCUGGACGAAUCCACCGGCAACGUCUCCACCGUGAUGGACUAUGGCGCCGGCCACGUCCACCCGCAAAAGGCCAUGGAUCCCGGCCUCGUCUACGACAUCUCGUCCCUCGACUACGUCGAUUUCCUCUGCAAUUCGAACUACACGGCGGCGAACAUUCGGAUCAUCACGAGGAAGGUGGCGGAUUGCGCCGGCGCGAGGCACGCCGGCCACAUUGGGAAUUUGAACUAUCCCACAUUGGCCGCAGUGUUUCAGCAAUAUGGGAAGCGGAAUCUGUCUACGCAUUUUAUUAGGACGGUGACGAAUGUGGGAGAUUCGGAUUCCGUCUACACGGUGAGAAUCCGGCCUCCGGUGGAUGUGGCGGUGACGGUGGAGCCGGAGAGGUUGGUUUUCCGGCGGGUGGGGCAGAAGCUGAAUUUUCUAGUGAGGGUGCGGACGGAGGCGGUGGAGCUGUCUCCGGGGAGCUCGGUGGUGAGGAGUGGCUCGAUCACGUGGUCGGACGGGAAGAGGAACGUGACGAGCGCCGUGGUGGUGACACUGCAGCAACCCCUUUGAUCAUGAUUCUUGAAUUGAAUGGAGGUUUAGAUGAUGAUCAUCAAUGUGAGGUGUUUUAAUGUAGGUUGAUAGAGAAGUGGUGAAGAUGCUAAGAGGAUUUAGCAUGUUUAGGAAUGAAAAAAUGGUAUUGUAAAAAAAGAAGGGGAAUGUUGGUGGUGGUGUAUAUGAUUAUAUAAAAGCGAUCAUGAUUCAUGGUCCUCUUGUUUAUGAAA